CUGACAGCGGGCACUGUGAAGGAGUGGCUGGCUGGGAAAGUGGGCGGGAGCUGCACGAGGCGCUUGAGGUGGGAGCAGCGCCGUCAAGAGAAGGAGGAGGAGCGCAGAUGAUAUGGAAAGAUUCUUUGAAGCCUUUCCUGAAAAGGAAGAUUAUCACUUCAGACCCUGUCCCCUGCUGUUGUAAUCCAGUUCUCCUUUGCUAAUAUUGAAGCAGUGAAGAAUUAUUCCCAAUUCUCAUGUCAGUGAUAAAAGGACCCUCUUUGUAAAAGAGAAGACUAGGACCAUCUGCCUCUUCCUCCUUCUCUUCUCCUCCUCUUCCUCCUCCUCACAAAGAAAAGAGUAGGUGGAUCUCCAGCAGCAGUUCUGGAAAAAAAUCAGAGAGGGCCAGGAAUCAGAGAAAAUCAUGGGUGAAGAAGGCCCUCCCAGUCUAGAAUACAUCCAAGCUAAGGAUUUGUUCCCACAUAAAGAACUGAUUAAAGAAGAAGAGUCUUUACAGGUUCCAUUUACUGUGCUACAAGGAGAGGGUGUGGAAUAUCUUGGCCAUGCAAGUGAUGCCAUCAUUGCCAUCUCUAACUAUCGGCUCCAUAUCAAGUUUAAGGACUCCGUAAUCAAUGUGCCUUUGAGAAUGAUGGAAAGCGUGGAGAGUCGGGAUAUGUUCCAGCUCCAUAUUGUCUGCAAAGAUUCCAAAGUAGUCAGGUGCCAUUUCUCUACUUUUAAGCAAUGCCAGGAAUGGUUGAAAAGGCUGAGCCGAGCCAUUGCACGCCCCACCAAACUGGAAGACCUGUUUGCAUUUGCUUACCAUGCCUGGUGCUUAGGAGUUUGUGCGGAUGAGGAGGAUCAGCAUGCCCACCUUUGCCGCCCAGGAGACCAUGUGAAAUAUCGGUUUGAAAUGGAACUAGCUCGAAUGGGCUUUGACUUGCAGAAUGUGUGGAGGGUUUCUGACAUCAACAACAGCUACAAGUUAUGUACCAGCUACCCACAGAAACUUUUGGUUCCUGUUUGGAUCACUGACAAAGAACUGGAGAAUGUAGCUUCUUUUAGAUCUUGGAAGAGAAUUCCAGUGGUUGUGUACAGACAUUUGCGCAAUGGGGCAGUGAUUGCACGCUGCAGUCAACCUGAGAUAAGUUGGUGGGGCUGGCGCAAUGCAGAUGAUGAAUAUCUAGUAACUUCCAUUGCCAAAGCCUGUGCCUUGAACCCUGGACAGAGACUGGCUGGGGGGUCCCCACAGUCUGGGCUUAGUGAUGGAAAUGAGGCCUGCGAUGCCGGAUUUGAUUCAUCACUGACUGCAUGUUCAAAUGUAGAGAAUUCAGCAACACCUCAGAAAUUGCUGAUUUUGGAUGCUCGAUCCUACACUGCAGCAGUUGCUAAUAGAGCCAAAGGAGGCGGCUGUGAAUGUGAAGAAUAUUAUCCUAACUGUGAAGUGGUGUUUAUGGGUAUGGCUAACAUUCAUUCCAUCCGUAAUAGCUUCCAGUACUUGAGGGCAGUCUGCAGUCAGAUGCCAGAUCCUAGCAACUGGCUGUCAGCACUAGAGAGCACCAAGUGGCUACAGCAUCUCUCCAUCAUGUUGAAGGCAGCUGUGCUAGUCUCAAAUGCUGUUGACCGAGAAGGACGCCCUGUGUUGGUUCACUGCUCUGAUGGUUGGGACAGGACCCCUCAGAUUGUUGCCUUGGCAAAGAUUCUUCUGGAUCCCUAUUAUAGGACUAUGGAGGGUUUCCAGGUGCUGGUUGAAUCAGAUUGGCUGGAUUUUGGCCAUAAGUUUGGUGAUCGAUGUGGACACCAGGAAAAAGCAGAAGAUCAGAAUGAACAGUGCCCAGUAUUUUUACAGUGGCUGGAUUCGGUUCACCAGCUGCUCAAGCAGUUUCCCUGUCUCUUUGAAUUUAAUGAAGCUUUCUUGGUAAAGUUAGUCCAACACACGUAUUCCUGCCUUUAUGGGACCUUCCUUGGAAACAGCCCCUGUGAACGUGAGCUGCACAACAUUGCCAAACGCACCUGCUCAGUUUGGUCCCUUUUGAGAGCUGGUAAUAAAAAUUUCCACAAUCUGCUCUACAUGCCUGCUAAUGAGCAAGUGCUGCAUCCAGUGUGCCACGUACGUGCAUUGCAUCUCUGGACAGCUGUAUAUCUUCCAACUUCAUCUCCAUGCCCUUUAGGAGAAGAAGGCAUGGAUCUUUACUUGCCUUCUGGAUCUCAGACUCAAGAGUUCAGCAGUCGGUCACUUGACAGAUUACCAAAGACAAGAUCCAUGGAUGAUCUUCUCUCAGCAUGUGAUCCUAGCAGCCUACUGACCCGCACAUCAAGUGAUCCAAAUCUGAAUAACCAUUGUCAAGAUGUCAGGGUUGGUUUGGAAUCCAGACAUCCCAAUGCUGAGGAGACAGGGACAAACAAAGAAACCCGAGAGGAUGAGUUGCUUCAAGUACCUCAACAGCAGCAGGAAUUCCAUCCCCUGCAUGGUGCUGGCAGUGGCGCCUCUGACAGGCACAGAAUCAGUCGACCACAGAAACAUGAAGUGUCUCAGCAGUUAACUGCUGUGCCUUCUGAGAUAGAAGUAGUAAGCAGAGCAGGUCCAGAAGCAACAGAAGACACAGUCCCAGCUCCAAAUUCUGGAAAAACACAAGUGUUUGAAAAGUUAUCCUGCAACCAUGUCAAAGACAUUGGCCUGAUAUCCAAUGGCACUUGGGAUCUUGUGCAAACUUCUCAUCCAGAAUCCUCCUCCAGCCAGACUUCAGCAGGUCACCCCAGUUCAGGUCAGCCAGCUCUGACUGUUCCAAGACACAGUGCUCCAGGUCGUCAAAAAGAAGAACUGGAUGGAAAAAUCGGCAAUGUCAAGCAUGGAGAGGAGGGCAACCAUACAGGGAAAAUUCAGACAGAAUUGUGGCGAAAAGGAAUUUCUCAAAGCCAGAUGAGCGAAUUCUCUCUUCUAGCAGCAAACUGGGACAGUUUUCAAGGGAUGGGGACAUCACUUCCUGGGGGUGAUAUGGGUCCCCGGCGACUCCUGUCCUAUGGCUGUUGUAACAAGAGACUGAACAGCAGGCACUUCUGGACCUCUGGACUGUGCCUCAGUGGCCAGUGGCCUUUGAAAGAAAGUGUGAAGCCUCCUGGCUGCUCCAUGCAUUCUGGCGCACACUGCACAGGCCUUGUGGGGAAGUCUAGCAAGUUGUGGCUCCCUUGCCAUUUGAAGCAGCCACUUGGCUCCAAACACAUGCCACCAAACAGCCCUUCUCCAGUGCCUCCUUUCUAUCUAGAUGAUGAUGGACUUCCCUUUCCCACAGAUGUAAUCCAGCAUAGGUUGCGGCAGAUCGAAGCUACCUAUAAACAGGAGGUUGAGCAGUUGCGUAGGCAAGUGCGGGAACUUCAGCAUAGAUUAGACAUCCGUCAUUGCUAUCCAACUCCAGCUGAACCACAGAUGGACUAUGAAGAUGACUUUACUUGCCUCAAGGAGUCAGAUGGCAGUGAAAAUGAGGAUUUUUACUCUGAUCACAGUGAAGACUGUCUAUCUGAAGCAAGCUGGGAGCCUGUUGAUAAAAGAGAAACUGAGGUCACACGUUGGGUUCCAGACCACAUGGCAUCACACUGCUUUAACUGUGACUGUGAAUUCUGGCUGGCUAAACGCAGACACCAUUGCAGGAAUUGUGGGAAUGUGUUUUGUGCCGGCUGCUGCCAUCUAAAGCUGCCCAUUCCUGAUCAGCAGCUUUAUGAUCCAGUCCUUGUCUGCAAUUCCUGUUACGAUCACAUCCAAGUAUCCCGCGCCAGGGAACUUAUGAGCCAGCAUCUGAAGAAGCCUAUUGCCACAGCUUCUAGCUGAAUACCAUCAGAGGAAAUGUGUGGAAGCCUGGCCUUUUCCCUUGCAGACUGGAAGAAGGCUGCCUCUGCUGCAGCUGAAGAGAUCGGUAGUGCAGCACUUGAUCACCAAGCCUUGUAUGCACUGUUGGUAAUUUUCCCCACUUGGUGCCCCAUGUAUUGAAGAUGAGGAAUUUGGAUUAAAGAAUGUGACAUGGCCUACAUUAUGGUACUGUUUGUGGUUUCAAGACAUAAGGCCAAGUUAGAGACCACAGUGUCUUUCUUCAGAGGGAUGGCAAAUGAUAUAGUGCAAAUAAUUGCCUUCCAAAAGCAAUAGAGAGGCAUGAACCUAAUCAGAACCUCCUUCUUCCCAUGUCAGAAAGCAGUCAGGUUAAAUUGAGUAAGAAAGAAGAAUGCAGCCCCAGAGUGGGAUAGCUCCGGGAGCGCUCUUUGGCUGUGUUAGUCAUCUUUCAGUCAUACUCAGCUUGCCAACCUUCUUGGAUAUCCAGCCCAAGGCCAGCACUAGUACUGUACUAGGAAGGGAUCCCUUAUAAGGCAGAGUGUAUCUCUGCACUUUCCUUGUGUUCCUUGAGGGAAUAGACUUUAUCCCAGCAGCUGGGCUGUUGUGUAUGGAAAGCAGAAUUAAUUUUGGCUUGGUGCACUUCCUGCCCACUGUGGGUAUUGAACAGCUGGUUCUUAACCAGCGUCUUUACAGGAGCAACAGCUUAAAUCUCCUCUUGAAUCACAUCACAGUGUGUAUUCCCUCUUCCUUAUGCUGCAUUUGUAUCUCCAUAUUUCUGGUUGCUCUUUAUUCUGAAAACCUGAUGCUUCAAGGCAGACUAUUAUGUGGGUUUUCUUUACCUCCUGGAAUGUGCUGUUUUGUGUGCUUGAGGGUUUCAGUCCAAAAUGCUGCUAAUGUUACUUCUCUGCACUUAAAAUUUAUCUGGAGUAUAAACGGCUGGGGGAAGGUGCCAAUUUUAUAGAUGGAAAACAGGGAAUAUUGACAAACAGGGAUUUUCCCUCUUACACUCAAGGUGUGAGGGACACUGUAAAGGUGAUCAUCAUCACUGCAAGAAUGCUUUUCUGUUCAUUAUGACAUCAAUAAAUUUCCCUUCAAAAUGACUCUUCUGAUUUAUGGAUAUUCACUGUGGCAGCAGUAUAGCAAUUAUUUUACCCUGCUACUCUCACAUAAUCUAAACAAGAACUAAAAUGUUUUAGAAAGGCAAGUGUAAUGUUACCACCAUUUCCAUCGAUCUUUAUGAGCAGUGUUCAUAAUCAUUUUAUUUUGAAAUGUACAUCUAUGUAGGACUAUAGAACGAACAAGAUUUUGAGGUGGACGGCUCAAGCCAGUUCAACAGUCCUUGGGCAGUUACAAAGGAUGGGUGUAUGAAUAUCUAUUUCCUCAAGAAUUGGAAGAUACUGACUUCACGCUUGGGUUGAAUUCUUACCAGCUACCCAUUCUUGAUUAGUUUUUAAAGCCUUUUGGAGAAUUAGUGGUUCAAGCUACCACUUCUUAUCUUCCAUUUUUCAACCUGCUUUGGGUCAAAAGCCCUAGAGCCAGCAUCAUCUUUUACACUGGAUCUGUUUGAAUUGCAGCAUGACCUCAUAGGGAUAAAAGAUGGAAUCUGAUUUUGUCAUACACUGAACUUUGUACAGAGUGAUGUAAUUAGUAGGAAAGUUCAGGUUUGGUUCCUUUUUCAGCUCAUUUGCACAGAUGUAAAACAAAAAUUUGAAAACAAAGAGAGAAAAAGACCCUUCAAGUUAGCCAUGAUUAAUCAAUCCUGCUUUCAGCUCUCAUGAAUUUUGUGUCACUGUCUUCAGGCAAAAGAACUCCAAAAUUGGAUCAAUAGCUUUGUGACAAACAAUGUGCUGUAAGAAUUCAAUACAGUUGAAUAAAAUCUCUAUAUUAGUG